AUGCGUGGUCAAGUCCGGCCACAACAGCAGCCGACUAGGCAGAGUAGUGCUAUUCCUGUUGAUAGCCUCAAUAUGGGACUGGAAAGUGAAUUCUCGAUAUCUAAUUUUGAUGCAAAUGAUGACAUAUUUGAUAGCAUGUUGAUGGACUGGACUGUUCCCGAAAACAGUCUUUUGAUUGAUAACUAUGAUUCGAUAUCUCAAUUCCAGCCUCCAGUAACAGAUGAGAGUACAACAGUCAUUAUAGGCAAUGAAGCAUGUCAUGCAGACUCCGGAAGAAAUGACAGUAUCAAAGAUGACGAGAUCCGCAUACUAGAACAUGAGCCAACACAAAGACCGAAAAAGUCCCCCCAUUACUUAGGCAUCGAUGUUUCGGACAUACUACAAUCACCAAAUGUUUUCCUGCAACUGACAAAUAUGUCAGUCACCUUGGAAAGUCUAGCACGUCAAUUACCAUCCUUCACAGUCCACAGCCAAGCAUUAAAUGCUGAAAAGAAAAACCCGGGGCUUUCUGAUAGUGGAAGCAUUGUCUCUGACGACGAGGUCAAUUUUGGAGUAGGAAAGACAUAUGCCUUGACUCACAAGCUCGCGGAUGUCUAUAUACCACUAAUUGAGCAGACACAACAACGAAAUCAACUCAGCAGCGACGGCACUCUGGACCCAGCAGGCAAGGCGAUGGACUCUGUCGAUUCUUCACUAUUAUGGCUUCUAUUUUCAUGCCACAAUCGACUUAUUGAUCUGUGGCAUGCGAUGUUGGUACACGCCAGGAUGGUCCAAGACACGGGCCGGUACUCUCCGGACGCGGUUGGGGCUCACAAAGCACGAUGUGCUCGCUUCAGGAUGGGUUCCUAUGAACCUUCGUCGUCGUCUACUGUUGUUGCCAUGGAGAUUAUUGUGCUACAAGAACUUGCGAUGCAUCUCGCCAGCAGACUGAAUGAUCUGAUUGAGGUGAUAGAGCCCGAUAACAGCACGGAUGGUCCUCCUAGCACUACAGAAGAUAAAUCGCAAAGUCUCAGGGCGACCGUUCUAAUGGCAAAAGCACUCCAUGAACGGGCGUUGGCUUUGCACAGGGAGAUAACUCAACUAAAGAGCAUGCUAGAGGAAUCGAUUGCCAAAACAUCAUCUAUAAGAAAAGGGUGA